AUGGCCGACUCUCUGGGGCUCGACGGGGACAAGCGACUGCUGGCCGAUACCAAGGCUUCUUCUACUCCUUCUUCUACUCCAACUACUCCCGCUACUUCGGCACACCCGAUCUCCAUGAGCGUCUCAUCAAUAACCACCCGAACAGUCCUUUCCAAGACCAGCUUGGAGUACCAUAACGACCAGGCGGGCACCCCUCCCCGGCAUCGUAACCGUGGGGCGACCAUGUCUGCCGACCGGCCGUUGUUCGUCUAUGAGAUAGCGGCACAGGGCGACAUGGUGGGCGACAACCCACAAGUAGGGAUCAACACGACCGUUACAGGCAGUGCGGAGGCUCAUCACGACGUGCAGACCGUGGACAAGGAGAAGAAGAGAAAGCAGAGCAAAGAGAAGGAGAAGAAAGAGAAGGAUCGCACGAAACAGAGGCACAAGAAGGAACACGACGAGCACCACGCUGGCCUUCCUUCGACUCGACUCGAACUAAACGACAUGAUCAUGACAGAGGGGGUCUACGGCGAAGACCGCGCUAUGGGGAACAAAAACCGCUUCAGCCGCUCGGCCAAGUCCGCUCGCCAAAGCCGCCCCAAGACCAAGGUCAAGGAUGCCCCCGCGGGCAGCAGGUCCAGGUCGGCCGAGCGUCGGCAUGCCAAGAAUGUCGACAAGGACCACGACGGCCAACACCACCCGGACGAGGACGACCAUUCGGUCGGCCAAGACGAGGAGGCUGCCAAGUCGCAAGCGAAGAGCCUCAGCCAGCGCUGCAAGUCGGAGAUCAAGCUCCGAGCCAGCGCGGCGCUCGCUUCAGGCGAGGCCGCAGUCGCUCUUGACAGGAAGGACCCGAAGAGGAUCGCCAAGAGCGAGAGCGUAAAGUCCAUGAAAAGGCCAGAGGAGAUUACGGAGAUGAGAGAGGCCAAGCAGAAGCGGCAGCACACGAGCGGAGGCUUCCGGCAAGAUGUCGACCGCCCCAAGACGACGGACAAGGAGACGAGGAAGGAUUACGACGGGGAUCGAGAGGAGAAGAAGAAGGUGCAAGAUGACGAGAAAGAAGCCGAAGCCAAACUGAAGAAGGAGCGGCGCCAACAGAGAAAGCUGCUGGCCGCCAGCACGUCGUCGGCCUCCUGCAGGCGGAUCGACCUACCAUCUGGCGGCAAGGCAUUCCGAGAGAAGAGGGACCUCCACGUCCCGAGGCUUCCCGCCAAUAUUGACUGCUUAUCGCUACUCCCAGCCGUUACAUCGAAGCCCUCUGAGUUCAGCGUCGGGGCCGACGGCACCCUUUCCCCUGCGGCCUGCACAGCAUCGCCGGCAGCUGACGCCCAAGCCGAGAGCUCGGGGUGGAAGGCCGAGACCACGGAGUGCUCGCCCAAGAGGGCGGUCGGGGAGGCGGUCGGGGAGCGGUCUUCGCCCGAGUCCAAGGCCAUCGGCAACGCCAGGACGAGGCCGGGCGACCACCGCCGAUCCGAGGCUGAACGGGCGUUGACCGAGGAGACCAUCCCGCGGGACCGCUCACCCUCAGCUCCGCCCAGCUUGGUCACCCCGUGGUCCGGCCGUAAGGACUCGCCGACCAAGAUCACCACCGCAGGGCUGUCCGCCCCCGCACCCGCAGCGGGCGAUUCGACUCCCCCUCGGCCACUAGCCCUAUCAGCCGAGACCCCGAGCAUCACAGGCUCGCCAGCCGCUGUCGCUGACAGCCCAGUCGCAGUCGAAGACAAACAAGAAGUGGAGCAGGCGAGGCCUGGGCAGGCUGUGGUGCCGCCACACCUGCCGGCCAUCUUCAAGCCGGGCCACCUGCGCACCACCCCGGACGACCGCGGCGCCAGCACCAGCCCGCGCAAGUCGAGCCCGCGUGUGGGCAGCCCGAGGCUCGGCAUGCCCGUGAUGGGCGGCAGCUGCAUUGUGGACACCCGUGGCGCCCUGGUCGACAAGACCAAGGCCGAGCGCUGGCAGCAGGCCGACGGCGCUACCGCCCGAGUCAUGCCGCGCAACACCAGCGAUGACCGUCUACCGGGCGAUCUUGCGAAGUCCGCUAUUGUGCGGGUCAACCACCACGACAAGCUGCGCAAGUCAAGGGAGCGAACGUGGAACGACGUGCGUGACUGGCAGGUGACCGAGAUGAUCUUCCAGGCCCACAAGCACCAGCGGAUGAAGUCGGUCGAGUUCAGCGUCCGCUGGCUGGGCUCGACCGCCCUCAAGGACUACUCCACCUUGCCCCAAGCCCUGGAUGGGCUGUGGCGGGAGGUGUACGAGCGGUGGUUCUGGGGCUGGACGUGGGACAGUUCUUCAGUGCGGAGGGAGCAUCCGGGCGAUUACGCUCGUAAGUGCUGCUGGAAGGACUUCUUUCUCGAGCACUGCUUCCUGGACCGAACUCAGGGCUACCGCAUACUCAGCGGAGAAUCAGGCGGACUGGAGUGGACCAGGGCUUUGGCUCCCUAUGCCGCCGAGCUCACCCCGCCUGAUGAACGGCUCCCGUUGGUCGAUACUCCCCAGACUCUUAUUCGUGCAACCAAAGUCUUAAACUGGCGCUCCACUAGACACUCGGCCACGGCCGUGGGCCACGUGAUCUACGUAUUGCUGGGUGCCGAGACGGCCGACAGGCUUCUGGCGUUCAACACUCGCACGGGCCUGUGGCAUCGGCCCCAGACGACUGGACCGUCGCCGCUCGCUGGCGCCGAAGAAGAACACCACACCUGCUGCGCCGUCGGCCACCGACUGUUCGUGUUCGGAUUGGCUGGCAAUGCCAGACCCACUCAUUUCAGCAGCCUUCACGUCCUAGACACCCGAAGACUGGUGUGGACGCGGGAGGUGCAGCUGGGCGAUGUGCCCCCUAAGGAGAGCACGGUGAGCCCAGCGCGCGACACCACUCCAGGGCUAGGGCUCGACGUGGCAACGCGAUUCAUAUCUGGCGGUGCCAAUGGCGUGCCGCCACCACGCAGGGACACCUACGUUCUCGACACCCAGACCCUUACAUGGCAGAAGGUGUCGCUGCCUGAGUCGGUGUCUGGUGGCGGCUACCUCUCCGUGACCACGGCGGGCCACAACAUCAUUCUGUGCGGAGGAGGCCCAACAGAAGCCCUGGCCCAGGCCUCAGCGCAUGGUCUCCCUGGCUAUGGCUACUCGACCACCAAGGUGGGCCACUGGCUCUUUGUGUUUGGCGGCUCGCGCGAGCGGGCGACCACGGCCAGCAACCACCUCAACCUACUCAACCUCGAGACGAUGUCAUGGUACCAGACCAGGUGCUUGGGAGAGGCGCCCCUCGCCCGAACGGGACACACCGCGACGCUAGUGGGCACUCAACUCUACGUGAUGGGCGGCACCUCGGCAGAGGGCCAGGCGCUCAGGGAUGGAGUGAUGGUGCUGGACCUUACUGCCUUUGCUGAAGUGCUGCUCCACCACCAGAAGUCGCGCAAGCAGGCUGCCCUCAUCAAACCAAUUGUAAUCUGA